AUGUCGGAGGAUGUGGAUUGGGUCCAAUGUGGGAAAUGUAGGCAAUGGGCUCAUUUCUCCUGCGCUGGCGUAGACCAGGAGGUUGUGAAAGCCGAUUGGCGCUGUCAAGUGUGUGUUUCCGCUAGUGCGCAGCAGCUGAAGGUUCCGGACACGAGAAGCAAGACGCGAGGUGGCAAGAAGACCGGCCAAAAAGGCGAUGGAGGGUCCGAUCAGGGAGUUAGUUCCGAUGCAGAUCCGGCUGAGAAGCAGUUGGAAGAGGAACAACUCGCCAAGGAGAAGGCCUUUGCAAAGCAGAUGGAGGCGCGGAAGAAGCUACUCGCCAGGCAGAAAGCGUGGAAGCAGGAACAGCUGAGGCAAGAACGAGAAAUGCGGGAACUGGAGCUCCAAGUACAACGCGAGAUAGAAGAGCAGCAGUUGCAGCAAGAACAGGAAAUGUUGGACGCUCAACUGGCUGCGGAGAAGGAAUUUUUGGAGAAGCGAGACGCGAUCCGGAAGAAAUUCGACAACAGCGUCAAGAGGGUGAAUGCGUCCAAGGACGAAGAUGGUGCUGUCGGUGGGAGGUCGAAAAGUGAACCGGACCAGGCGGUAGAGGAGUGGCUGCAACAGUCAAGGAAGACAAACACGCAGCAGUCGGUCUCGGAUGUCAGGGGAGCUUUUCCGAAAGGUGGAGUUCCACUGGGAGCAGGAGUGGUUAUCAAGGCGAACAAAACGAAGUCGAUGAAACCGGUAAAGGAAGUGCCUGAAAUCGUCGAGAACGAGCCAGAGUCCAGCGAAGACGAAAGCAGCAAGUCGUUGGAUUAUCCAGCGAAAAGCCGUCACAGUCAGAGCCGGUAUGGCAGCAUGCAGAGUAGUCAUGAUUCCGACGGGCCGGGGCGUGAUAUUGGCCAUAUCUCGAAACAGCAGCUAGCCGCUCGGAAAGCGGUGUCCCAGUACCUUCCGAAGCUUCGUGGAGAGCCGGAAGUCUGGCCGCUGUUUAUCAGUAGCUUCGAGCACACGACGGCGGCGUGCGGGUUCACGAACUUGGAGAACUUGAAGCGGCUGCAGGACUGUCUACAGGGAGACGCACUCGAGGCAGUCAGGAGUCGGCUAGUGCUGCCGGAUUCGGUUCCGGAUGUUAUUUGCGAUCUGAGGAAUCUUUUCGGAAGGCCGGAAAAGUUGCUGAAGACGCUGCUGACAAAAGUGAGGAAUUCUCCUGCGCCGAGAGGAGAUCGGCUGGAGACCUUCAUUAACUUCGGGAUUACGGUGAAGCAACUGUGCGAUCAUCUUGAAGCUGCACAGCUCAGAGACCACCUGAACAACCCGAUGCUGGUACAGGAGUUGGUGGACAAGCUACCACCAAGCUAUAAGCUGGACUGGGUCCGGUUCAAGCGUGGAAAAAUUGACAGUCCACUAAGGAUGUUCUCGAACUUCACCACCGAAAUCGUUUCGGAUGUGUCCGAGGUUACGGAGUUCACAAUGUUGUCAGUGAACGAGCGAGCGCGUCCUGGGAGAGAGAAUCCUAGGAAGAAGGAGUUUGUGCAUAUGCAUGAAUUUGCACAGAAGCGGAGCGAAGGAUCGCGGAUCGAGGCAGUCAGUCGGCCGUGCUGGAUCUGUGAGCGGACGGAUCAUUUGAUCAGAAAUUGCGAUGAGUUCCGGCGAAUGAAUAUCGCCGAAAGGCUUAGAGAGGUGGAGAGGCAGAAACUGUGUGGAAUCUGCCUAAACAAACAUAGUAAUAGUCGCUGCUCGUCGAAGAUACGGUGCGUGGUGCGAGGUUGUCAAGGAAACCAUCAUCCUCUGUUACAUCGCGUGGAAAGAUCUGUGCAAUUGCAGAAAGCGAUAUCUGACUGCACAGUGAUUUUCCGUAUGAUGCCGGUAACGCUACACGUCGGCAAGCGUCAAUACGACACCGUCGCGUUCCUGUACGAAGGGUCAUCUGCGACUUUGGUCGAUGAUGUGGUAGCCAAACGAUUGAAAGCUGAAGGUUCACUGGAGCCGUUGUUGAUAGUAACGUGGACCGGGAACAUCGACCGCCUCGAGAACGAGUCCCGUUGCGUAGAGAUGAUGGUGGCAGCAAAGGGCUCGAAGGAGAAGUUUCCGCUGCUCAUCACUCGGACAGUAUCGGAGUUGCAGUUAACCAAACAGAAUUUUCGAUACGCAGAGGUAGUGAAGCGGUACACACAUCUUGUGGGCGUGCCAGUGAAAGAUUUUCUGUCCGGGAUGCCGACCAUCCUCAUCGGUUUGGAUAACCUACACCUGCUUGCGCCGCUGGAGUCACGUGUUGGUAGACCGAACGAACCGAUCGCCGUGCGAUCGAAGAUGGGUUGGACAAUAUAUGGGUCCGAAAAACGUAGAGCCAGCGUUCAUACAUACCUGAAUCUUCAUUCUAUCGCGACGGUGAGCAAUCAGGAGCUCCAUGAUUUGAUGCGGGAGCAGUAUGUGCUGGAAGAAACAGCGGGUGCAUCGUUCGCUGUGCCAGAACCGUUGGAAGAGAAGCGUGCUAGGGAGAUCCUGGAGGCGACAACACAGCGAGUGGGCCAUCGGUUCGAAACUGGACUGUUGUGGCGCAGCGAUGUCCGGAAAUUCCCCGAUAGCUACUCAAUGGCUAUGCAGAGAAUGCAUGCACUCGAUCGGAAAUUAGAAAGGAAUCCAGUGCUGAAGGAGAAUGUGUGUCGGCAGAUCGAGGAGUACCAGCAGAAAGGAUACGCGCACAAAGUAACCGACGCAGAGUUGAUGGAGACAGCUCAAUCUGCUGUGUGGUACCUGCCCCUCAACGUCGUGGUGAACCCACGAAAGCCAGGCAAAGUGCGCCUGGUAUGGGAUGCAGCAGCAUCAGUGAAUGGCAUUUCCCUGAAUUCUGAGCUGCUCAAAGGUCCGGAUAUGUUAGUUCCCCUUCCGCGAGUGAUCUGCCAUUUCCGAGAACGCCCGAUCGCCUUUGGAGGCGACAUCCAGGAAAUGUAUCACCAAAUCCGCAUCAGAUCAGAGGACAAGCAGGCGCAGCGAUUCCUGUUUAGGUCAGGUAGCGAAGAGGCUUCACAGAUAUUCGUGAUGGACGUGGCGACUUUCGGAUCCACGUGUUCGCCCAGUUCAGCGCAGUACGUGAAGAACGUCAAUGCGAAGCAAUUUGCGAAGAGGUACCCGGAAGCAGCAGAUGCAAUAGUCAAACGUCAUUACGUGGACGAUUACUACGACAGUGUGGACACCGUGGAAGAAGCGAUCCAGAGAGCCAACGAAGUGAGAUAUGUUCAUUCGUGUGGCGGUUUUCGAAUUAGGAACUGGGUGUCUAACUCCAAUGCGUUCCUGCAGGCGGUUGGCGAGCAAAGCGGUGAGUCGGCAGUACACUUUAGCGAAAAUAAGGCUGCAGAGUAUGAACGUGUGCUGGGCGUAGUAUGGGAUACGAUAGAAGACGUCUUCUGUUUUGAGACCGCUUCGAAGUUCGAGUGUUCCAAAGUCCUCCGAGGAGAAGAACAUCCCACCAAGCGGAUGGUACUCAGCAUAGUCAUGGCACAGUUUGAUCCGGCCGGAUUCCUAGCUCCAGUUACCAUCCUGGGUAAAAUGCUGGUGCAAGAUCUGUGGAGAACAGGAUGCCAGUGGGAUGAUGCGGUAGAUGACCUAUCAUACAAAAAGUUGGCGCGGUGGACGAGCAUGUUGGCGAAUGUCCAGGCAUUUAAGUUGUCGCGCAGCUACUUCGGCACUGCGAGGUCCGAUGAAAUCCGGGACGUACAGCUGCAUAUUUUUGCGGACGCGGGUGAGACGGGGUAUGGAUGUGUGGCAUAUUUUCGUGCCAUGGUGCGUGGAGAGGUGAAGUGCACGCUAGUGAUGAGCCGGGCGAAAGUUGCUCCCUUGAAACAAGUGUCAAUUCCGCGACUGGAGCUUCUGGCGGCGGUACUGAGUGCACGGAUGUCACAUACGGUGCGCGAAAACCUCAGCAUAUCUAUUAGCAAAGUGGUAUUUUGGAUAAAUGCAGAGGUGGUACUAUCGUGGAUUAGAUCCGACCAGCGCCGCUAUAAACAGUUCGUUGAUUUCCGCAUCGGAGAGAUCCUGAGCUUGACGAAACUAGCAGACUGGCGGUGGGUUCCGACAAGGCUAAACGUUGCAGACCUGCUGACGAAGUGGGGAAAGGAUCCAGAUCUACAUCCGAGUGGUCCGUGGGUACGAGGCCCACAGUUUCUGUACGACCGGGAGGAAAAUUGGCCGAGGAAGAGUUUGCCGCCGGCUAAUACGACUGAGGAACUUCGGGUUCAUCUGUUGCUACACGACGUCAAGGUACCAGCGGUUCUUGUAGACGCGAACCGCUUCUCGAAGUGGACGAUCCUGGUCCGAACGAUAGCGUGCGUGUUUCGAUUUGUGACGAACUGUAGACGGAAAAAAGGGAAACUGCCGAUAGAAACGUUGCGAGCAACGAAAGGUCAGCUGAAGUCGCAUAUAUCAAAUGCGGGUGCGUCGGUUCGACUACCACUACAGCAGAAGGAGUACGAGCAAGCAGAGCGAUGCUUGCUGAAGGUAGCGCAGUCGGAGAGUUUUAUCGAUGAGCUGAAGGUGCUGUUGAGGAACAAAGAUCGUCCGACGAGCCAGUGGAUGGCACUUGAGAAGUCUAGUCCGCUAUACAAGUUGACCCCGCUGGUAGAUGAGUAUGGCUUGAUCAGAAUGGAGGGCCGCGUGGAGCGGGCAGAGUUUCUACCGUUCGACUUGCGGUUCCCAGUCAUUCUUCCGAACGACCACAGAAUUACGAAGCUGAUAGUCCAACAUUACCAUGAGAGGAGUGGCCAUGGAUACCGCCAGGCGGUUAAAAACGAGUUGCGGCAGCUGUACUACAUUCCGCAUGUAGAUGCAGUGGUGAGAAAAGUGUCGGCGGCCUGCGUCUGGUGUAAAGUACAUUGCUGUCGUCCCCAUGCUCCACGGAUGGCUCCACUACCAGUGUACCAGUGCACGGCAUGCACACUACAAACGGUCAUCAUCAUUAUCAUCGCCGGUUUCCAUCAUCGUCAUCGCAACAGCAGCGCACGGCAUCGGUCACUGACUGCCGGUUCUAUGGGACAGAAGAAUCUUCCCAUCAUCAGCAAAAGCCGUGAAGAAGACUCACAAAUGACGACGACAGGACAGCCAGCGCAGCAUACACAACAUUACUCCCCAACGCAAGCUGCUGUUGGUGCUUCCCUGUCGGCGGCGUCAACAUAUGAUCUCAUAAAUUUAGACUGA